UCAGAAAAUCCGUCAUGGUAACAAGAAAAAAAGAAGUGAUGGAACGAGAUAAAGUAGGUGAAACGGCAAUUUCGGAGCAUGAAGAAGGAGGCGAACAUGAUCCAAUAAAGAAAACGGCUUCAAAUAAGUCCGAAGAAGUUGUCAGAUCCUCUAUGAAGAAACAUGAACGUAAAAAAACUAAAAAAUCCACUAAUCGGCCAUCACCGUGUUUUGAAAGUGCAGAGCGGGCAGUAAAUUUAGAAUCAGUAAUGACUUUCAAGGAUUUUGGCCUGGAUGAACAAUUGUUAAAAGUUAUUGGUGAGCUUGGAUGGGAGCGUCCAACACUGAUCCAGAGCCGAAUGAUACCAGCUGCUUUUGAAAAUAAGAAUAUUCUUGCACGAGCACGAACGGGUAGUGGUAAAACAGCUGCCUUUAUGCUUCCUAUUAUACAAAGGGUUUUGCAGCUGAAAUGCAAUUCUUCAAGUAACGGUGAUGCUGGUCCAUUUGCGGUUUUUAUUGUUCCUACAAAAGAGCUAGCAAAACAGACUUACUCAUUGCUGUGCAGAUUAACAGAGAAAUUCCCGUUUCUAAUGUCAUUGAAUUUCUCGGAGCUGAAUAUAAAUACUGAUGACAACUGGCUUUUGAAGAAACCCGACUUUGUUGUUUCUACACCCAGUCGAUUUCUACAAGCUCUGAGUAAGUAUGGAAAACCAUGCGAAUCAGUUAAACAUGUUGUCCUGGACGAAGCUGAUUUGUUGUUGUCGUUUGGAUAUUCUGAGGAAAUGAGGCUGAUAAAAAAUUUUCUCCCCACACACCAUCAGACAAUAUUCACUUCAGCAACAAUGACUGAAAAAGUAGAAGCACUUAAAGAGCUCUACGUGACUGGUCCAAUUAUUCUAAUGAAAUUGAAGGAGGGGCAACUACCGAAUAGCGACCAGCUUUCACAGUAUCAUAUUUCUUGUCAAAAUGAAGAGGAGCGAUUUGCUAUCUUUUUGGCACUGUUGAAGUUGAAAUUAAUUAUUGGCAAAUCGAUCAUUUUUGUCAGAGACACUGAUCGUUGUUAUCAACUUGGACUUUUUUUACAAGCAUUCAAUAUUCGAUCCUGCAUUUUGAAUGCCCAAAUGCCAGUUAAUAGCCGUUGUCAUGUAGUGGAACAAUUUAAUGAAGGACGAUAUUCUUAUGUUAUUGCCUCUGAUAUAAACGAUGUAUCCUGUGAUUCACAAGCAGUGAUGAAAGAUGAAGAUGAUGGGAAUGUAUCUAGAAAAGAAAGAAUACGGAAGAAGAAACAGAAACAUAUCGACAGAGAAUCAGGAGUUUCACGAGGCAUUGAUUUCCAUCAUGUUGCAAAUGUUAUUAAUUUCGAUUUCCCUACGUCACUUAACUCCUAUAUACAUCGUGUGGGAAGAACUGCUAGAGGAUGGAACAAAGGCAAUGCUUUAUCAUUUGUUUCACCUCAAGAAAAGCCUUUUUUGGAGGAAGUUCAAGACGAAAUUAAUGCGCAGCUAGGGCAUCGUGCAAUUACUCCAUAUGAAGUUCGCAUCAAAGAACUGGAAUCAUUUUUUUUAAGAGCUCGAGAAGUACUGGUAGCUUGCACCAAGACUGCAAUCAGGGAAGCUAGAUUAGCGGAAAUACGAGCGGAGGUAUUGCGUUCAAAACGACUCGAAGCUUAUUUUGCUAAGAACCCUCGUGAAAGGGCGGCUCUUGAACACGAUAAGAAGUUAUUCUCUGUGAACCUUCACAGUCCUGCUAUUGCCGAUGUCCCAGAUUAUAUGGUCCCACUGUCGUUACGAGGAAUAAAUUACCGGAGUGAAUCACAGAAAAAAGAAGGAAAACGAAAACGAAAAAAGCAAAUGCAUCCAACUGUACAUCAAAUUAAAUACCAGAAGAAAAAAGAAGAUCCUCUGCAAAGUUUUUCGUUUCUUUAAUGUAAAUUUUUAUGCUUUCCCAAGAUUUUUGUGGCAUAAUCAUCAAAAUUUUAAUGAUUAUUCCAAUCGGAAUUCUUGAAUUUCCAAUUCAAUUAGCAAAGCUGAAGGAAUGUAGUCGGAAAUCAUGUGAAAUUGCUUCUACGAUUCUCUUAAUGAAAGCUGAUGAAGAAAUAACUUACUAACAACUCCACAGUUCGUUUCUCUUUGUUUUCCUGUGGACUAUAAAUUUGUUUGUCAGAUUGAUGCUCGAUUUGGUACUCUGAUCUUUGCUUCUCUGUUAUGUUCAUUUUCAGGUGAUUUGUGUUUUCUGGUAAUAAAAUAAUAUGUGGCGCUAGUUCAUGUUAGGCUUAUGUUGUUUUCCGAAGCUAUUUAUUUGAUUAUUGACGAUAAAGUUGACUAGCAGAAGAAGGGUGUGAUGCAGAAAUAAGAGAAACUGUGUAAAAAAUAA